AUGACACUGCCGUGGACGCAGACGGGGAUGUCAGCCGCUGUGGUGAUGGUGGCGCUGCUGGUGGUGGGGCUGACGUGCUGUGGCGCCGCGCCCCUCGUGGUGGUGGCCUGCUGCGGCGGCCGCAGGAGGGACGUCGUGGGCGAGAGCGGCGACGCGCGCUGGCUGCCCGGCGUCGGCGUCAUCGACUACGUCCCCGCCUCCAACAGGUCUUCAGUACGAGUAUCGUUGAUUCUUCCCGAGGAGCCGCCCACAGAUGCCUCCCACACCCCCACGGCCUCUCCCCACACGCCCCUCGUGGUCCCUUCCCCUUCUGCAGACGCCCUCCACACGCCCGAGGACCCCAACACCACGUCCUCGUACCUGUCUCCUACGGACGCGCCAUCGUCCAAGCUCCGGAGGGCUUCUCAGGACACCACUGCAGGACUUCCAACGCCGACGCCCUCCCCUUCCUCGUGCCCGUUCUCCUCCCAGCCCGCGGACUCGACUUCGGACUCGACGAGGAGCGCCAGCCACCCGAUCACUACGUGGCUCUCGAUAACCACCGAGAUUCGCAAAGCCACGAGUCUGUCGCAGCCGAGUAAACAUGCUUCCAAAACGACCGAUUCGGCGUCAACCAUAAAGCCUGCGGUCUCAGCGGCAACGUACGAAAUCGCCAACGAAUCACUCGCCAAAAAUGCUUUGUUGCCCCUCGAGUCCCCGAGUGUCACGAGCCCCCUUUCCCCGGCUGACCAGACGUCGCCCACCGCAGCCCCGUCCUUCGGCAGCCACCCCAGCCCAAGAAGACACGCGGAGACGCCGACCGCACUAAGCCGACCCUCGCCCCUGCCGCCCGCUGCUGUAGGUCAGAGGCAGGGUGGGUCUACAGGGUCAGCGGCAGACAGCUCACCGUCCUGCCAGUCUUCCAGCCCCCACCGCAGCCCCCAGGUCGCCCUGCCGCAGAGGGAGGCGACAGGGAGAACAAGUACUCCGUCCGGCACGAAGAGAAAAUGUAGACCUACAGCUACUGCCAUGUAA